UAAAUUCAAAUUUUACACAUAAAAUUAAAUAAAUUUUUUAAAAUAAGAUUUAUAAUAUUUAAAAACUAGAACUAGACAACAAGAAUAUUACAAAAAAAAAUAUAAUAAAAAGAUUUUUUAAAAGGUACAUCAAGAUAUAAUUAUUACACAAAUGUAAAUAUUACAACAAAACUAAUAGUCUGGUAAGUUUUCUUCGGAACCUCCAAAAUCUCUAUAAUAUUGUCCAAAUAAAUUUUGUGGGGCCGAGCAUUAUGAAUUAUUUAGGGAAUAAUGUGGUAUUUUGCUUGUAGUUUAAUAUUUAAUUAUGCAUUUUUAUUUAUAAUUUUAUAUUUUUGCGUAAGAUUUUAUUAAUUAGUAUUGCUGUAAUAUGUUUUUAUAUGUGCUACAUAUUUUUUAAAGUUUUAUAGAUUUACAUUAAUUAUUACAAAUAUAAAGACUAUAGCGUAAAAUAUAAAUAAUUUUGAAAUUAAAUUUGAAGUUUUGUUUUUGGAGAAAAACACAUUAAAACUUCAAAUAUAGAGUUUUAGAAACUUCAAAAUGGAUUCCAUUUUGUUUAAAUUGUGGCUAAGUUUAUAAAGACAACAAUUUACAAAAUUUUGGUAAAGUGCUAAUUUGAUUUUAAAAUUUUAGUUUAAAAUUUAUAUAAAUAAUGAAUUUGGUGAAUAAUAUUUUGGUAAUAUAUCUUAAAUCUAAAAUCUGGAUACAACACUAUAUAAUUUAUAUUGACGUUAACUUAUCAUAAACCUCAAAUUUUACUAGUAUUGGAAUAUACAAUCAUGUUUUGUUGAUCUAGUUGGUUUAUGUUCAAGGACAAUGAGUGAAACUAUUUUAAUUAAGGUAGUUAUUUUCUUAACAUCAACUUUCGCCGGGUAAGAACACUUUGCUCACAAAGAUUAGUUUCAUGCAGCUAUUCCAACUUUUACUAUCUGUGAGCAACCUAAUAUCAAUGAACUAAAUUACCAAUGAAGAUCAUGGAUAAAGAACAAUCUAAGUGAAGAACUCUAGUGAAAAAAAUCUAUAAUCUAUCAAAUAUUCAACCUAUUCAAUUCCAUUGCAACCAUAAAGCCUAACAGUGAAACUAAAAUUAAUAUAAAUGUCAAAUUUCAAAAAAUAAAAAUUAAUGUCGAUAAACUAAAAUCAAAUAUUUUUCUUAUCUUAUAAUAAAUAUAUAUUAAAAUAAAAAAUCUAAAUAAGAAUUUUUUUGUAAAUUAAUAUCUCUAUAAAUUAAUAAAAUUUUAAAAUCCCAACAGUAUUAAUUUAUAGAGGUUUUACUGUAUAUUGUAAUUUAUUUUUUAGUAAGUGAAGGUCCACUAAAAAUAGAAACUGAAAAUGAUUCUGAUGAUACCACGUUAGCUAAAAUGGCAAAUCUGUAAAUAAAAUACUUAAUAGAAGUUGAUUUUUUUUUUUUAAAUAAUAAAGGGAUCUUUUCGUUUUGGGCCGAGAAGAUAUUUAGAGGCCUACGAAAGAGUUCUAACCGAAAACGGCGUCGUAAUUAGAAAGAUCAGAUCCUUGGAGCGACCUAGAAGGAUUACAAGUGGUAAAGCGUUUCGUGGAACAAGCCGAAAACUUCUGUCGGAUCUGGAAGCUCUCUUUCUCGCUUCUCUGCGCUUAUUUCUUCUUCUCCGCCUGGUCCGUUAUUUCUUUUAAACGUCCGUUAUUGCUGAGUCACGGACGCUUCUCUUUGAUGGAGGUGCAGAGCCUAAUCAGCUUUGAUUUGGACCCUGGUCCUGUUGAUCAGUCUGUAUUGGUGUGGCAACAUGAGCAUAGAUCAGCUGCUAUUUGGGAAGAUGAGGUUCCUCCUCGUGAACUGACAUGCAGACACAAAUUAUUAGGAAUGCGAGAUUGGCCUCUGGAGCCUCUCGUGUGUCGGAAGUUGAUAGAGUUUGGUCUGUACGGAGUGUACAAGGUUGCGUUUAUACAGCUUGAUUAUGCUCUGAUAACAGCUCUAGUGGAGAGAUGGAGACCCGAGACGCAUACCUUCCAUCUCCCCGCUGGAGAGAUCACUGUGACUUUACAAGACGUGAAUAUACUCUUGGGUCUCCGAGUUGAUGGACCUGCGGUUACCGGUAGCACAAAAAACAACUGGGCUGAUCUAUGUGAGGACCUCUUGGGUCUCAGACCAGGCCCUGGAGAUCUACAUGGUUCUCAUGUGUCCUUAGCUUGGCUGCGUGAUAAUUUCCGGAAUCUACCUGCUGACCCUGACGAAGAGACGCUGAAGUGUCACACCAGGGCGUUUAUAUUAGCUUUGAUGAGUGGGUUUCUUUACGGGGAUAAGUCUAAACAUGACGUGGCGUUGACGUUUCUCCCUCUUCUAAGGGACUUUGAUGAAGUGGCUAAACUUAGCUGGGGUAGUGCAACGCUAGCACUUCUCUACAGAGAGCUGUGUCGGGCGAGCAAGAGGACUGUUUCCACCAUUUGUGGUCCUCUUGUUCUGCUUCAGUUAUGGGCUUGGGAACGGCUGCAUGUUGGCCGUCCGGGAAGAAUUAAAGAUGUUGGCGCUUCGUAUGUGGAUGGCAUAGACGGUGCUUUGCCAGAUCCAUUAGGCUGUAGGUGGAGAGCUUCUCUUAGUCAUAAAGAGAAUCCUCGUGGAGGACUAGACUUUUACAGAGAUCAAUUUGACCAGCAGAAAGAUGAGCAGGUUAUAUGGCAGCCUUACACUCAAGAUCUUCUAGCAAAGCUUCCACUUAUAUGUCUUAGCGGUCAGAACAUAUGGCGAACAGUCGCACCUUUAAUUUGUUUUGAUGUUGUUGAGUGGCACCGUCCUGAUAGGGUGCUUAGACAGUUUGGUCUUCACCAAACAGUUCCAGCACCCUGUGAUAACGAAAAGGCUCUUCAUUCUAUUGACAAAAGAGGCAAAUCAGUAUAUGAUUGGUCAGCACGUCAUAGCCGACACAUUGGAUUGUGGGAGGCACGUGAGUCAUCUGUUGCUUUCGGUGAGCCAGAGUGUAGACCAAUGGACUAUAACGAUCCUUAUAUGGAGUGGUACCGCAAAAUUACUAGAAGGAUCAUUAGUCCUAUGAACGAGAGACGCCCUGGGCAAUUUCUACCCACUGGUUUUGCUUUCCAAGUGCUUGUUCAGAGAGUUGCAGCCAUUCAUGCUCGAUCUAAGUCUUCGCUUGAAGAGGAACUUACUGUUGACACCGCGAGGCAAACGUUACAAGAUAUCGUUGAUAUGUGUGCAGGCGCCCUUCAACUCAACGCCCCUUUAGGCUCAUUAUCUACUGGCUCUGUUGCUCAAGCUCCAAGUUCAGGACCAUUUCGCAUGUCACCUCAACCUACACCUACAAUGAUGUCGCAAAAGCCAUUGUCUAGCGAUAUGGGUUGCUUGCCUUUGAAUGAAAUGGGAAUAGAUGAUGGUCUCUUAGCAGAACCUUCGGAAGGGAUGACACCUGUUCAGGAUACAGGAUGUGAGCAGUCUUUACCAUCAGUAUCCCAGAAGCCUCUUUUCUGGCCUACGGGAGGCAAGCUUACUUUCAGUUGGAUUUGUGAUGUAAUGUUGGGUUUUGAUUGGUCGUCGAGGAAUCUCCCAGCUUGUGAAUUCUCAAACGUUCUCCCCUUUAACGUCUUGGAUGAGCUGAUUCUCUCUGCCUCCAAGAUCCUGAGAAAAGAGCCGAACUGCGUUAGGAUAGACAGUGACAAAGCAAAGGUGGUUGUGGUGGGAGAUCUUCAUGGGCAGCUACAUGAUUUGCUGUUCCUUAUGCAGGAUGCUGGAUUCCCAAAUGGUGAUCAGUUCUAUGUGUUCAAUGGGAACUAUGUAGACAAUGGAGCAUGGGGUUUGGAAACCUUCUUACUUCUUUUAUCAUGGAAGGUGUUUCUACCGGAUAGAGUGUUUGUUCUGCGUGGCAGUCACGAGAGUGAGAGUUGUACGUCAUUGUAUGGAUUCAAAAACGAAGUAUUAACCAAGUAUGGAGAUAAAGGAGCAGUUGUCUACAAAAAGUGCUUGGAAUGCUUCCAGUUACUCCCUUUGGCAUCUGUGAUUGGUGGGAAGGUAUUUACAGCUCAUGGAGGUCUUUUCCGUGAUGUACCAGCCUUUCUCUCUGACAAACAAGAACGAAGCAGAAAGCGCAAGCGAGCUCAGAAAAAUCAAGAGGAUAACAGUGUUCUUGAGACUGAGAGUAGACCUGACUCCUUGCUUCUUGGCUCGUUGAAGGAUUUAUUUAAAGUCAAAAGGCGUGUUAUCAAUCCUCCUGCUGAAGGUUCAAACCUGAUUCCUGGUGACAUUCUUUGGUCAGAUCCAUCAACCGAUAACGGCCUCUUUCUUAACAAAGAGAGUGGCAUUGGUUUGCUGUGGGGUCCUGAUUGCACUGCAAAGUUCCUGCAAGACAAUGAUCUUAAGUUGAUCAUCAGAGGCAAGGAAGCCCCUCACAAAAGGGCACAACGAGAUGGUCUUCCACCAAUGAAUGAAGGAUUUUCAAAAGACCAUGAAGGGCUUAUAACUUUGUUCAGUGCUCCUGAUCAUCCUCAGUUUCAGGAUACAGAGGAGAGACACAACAACAAAGGUGCCUACAUAAUCUUGCAAAUUCCCUACUGUGAGGAGCCUGAAAUUCAUGUGUUUGAAGCAGUAUCUCCGAGACCAAAGGCUGAGGCGUACUAUGACUAUAGAGGCCUGAUUCAUUCAACUGGAACUGUAGUACACAACAAUACUAAUUCUGUAGCUGUUGAUUCACCAUUCUCAGCGCCUGAUGACAAAGAUAGUUUAAUAUCAUCUGAGAAUGUGGAAGAUAAGUCCAUGGAUCUCUCUGAAGCGAUGGAAGUUGAUGAAAAAGAUGAUGAAGUUACAACUUUUGGAACUCUAGCAUCUGAUGAUAAAGAUAUGGUUGAUUCUUCAGAGCAGACUAAAGAUUUUUCCAAAGAACAUGACCGUUCUGAGACUGCAGAGAUUAGUACAGAUUUAUUCGAUGCAGCCAGCAAACCGGAAUCUAGACCUCCUAACGUUAUUGAUAUGGAACCGCCACUAGCUUGUGAUCGUCAUGUGCUUGAUUCUGGGAAGUCCAUAGAAUCCUGGACAGAGAAGGCAGCAGAUGAACUAAUGGCAGUCGAUGAAAUUGCUGGCGUGUCUGAAUCCACAACUGGAGAAGAAAAUGAUGUAGAAGCCUCCAACUCUACUAAGAUCUGGGAAGAGAAAGCAGAAAAAGAGAGAACUAGCGACUCUCUUGAGUUUUCAAAUAACGUAAGCGAAGAAGAGGCUCCAAGAGUAAAUGACUGCAGCACCACUGGUGAUGCAGCAGUGGAAUUAGAAAUCACAUAUGAUGAGAAACCAGAAAGUGCAGCAACUGAAGUCACGGGGAAUGAUAUAGCCACCGAACCCCUUGAAGAUAUGGUUGAUUUUAAUAUGGAAGCCAUAGCCACCGAUGGUGCUAAUAAUGAUCCGGGGACUGUAAAUGGUGGGCUCAACACAGACUGUACCAGUUUAUCCAAAUGUCUAACCAGCAGAGCAGAUGGGUCUGAGCCAACGAUGGAUCAUGAUGACUUUACGAAGCCUUCUCCUGACAAGGAUCAUGGAGAGCCUGCAGAUAAGCCAGAGAGAGUAAUCAAACUGGUUACCUAUUCUAAGCGCAAGACAUCUGACAAAAAACAACUUAUUGAUUCUAAUGAAGAUCCUCAGCGGAAGAUCAACGAGGCUGUUGAUUCUAAGACCAAAGUUACUCUUGACAAGUCACACUCGGUUCCAAAAGAUAUGGACUCCUGAAGUCUCGUUCAGCUGGUCUUCUCCCCAACACAGGUAAAUCGCUUCAGGGUGUUUUCUCAAAGACAGUGUACAGUGGCCAUAAUAGCCAAGCUUUUCAAGUCCAUCUUAACUGGAUCCGCUUUGCUAAUUUAAGUUUAGAUGUUAAGAGAGUUUGAUUAGUCGGUAGGAUGGUGAUGUGUGUAAACCUGAUAUCUUUUCUUGAAUUUAGUUUUCUCAGUUAAAAUGUAUUUUUCUUUUUAUAUUUAAGAAAUAAGUUGUGUUUUAUCAUUUUUUGCA